GUAAUCAUUUGCACGAAUCGGUCCUGUGCCACCGGUCAAGGUUGAAGAAUUGUUUCUUGAUAGUCGAUUCUAAAAAAGCCGCUGGAGUGGUCUCCAUCUCAAAUCGCCUGGUGCAUUGUCGGGGGGAUCAUUGGAACAUUACAAAUUGCACGCUUUCAAAAGCAUUUCGUUUGUUAUGAGUUAUAAGUGAUACAAGCUUGAUAUUAGCAUUUACCAACUUCGAGUGCAUAUAAUCCGAAAUCCAGUUAUUACUUUCUUCAAAGCAAUUGUAAGAAGUGCAAAAUUGGUGGUAGUAAGAUGCGACUGACUGCGCUCUUGGGGCUGUUGUUGACUGUUCUAUGCCAAUAUGGAGACGGAUAUCGGAUUUUGGGUAUCAACAUUUUUCAUGGGAAAAGCCACUUUGUUAUGUUCGAACGUUUGUAUAAAGAACUGGCCAAAAGAGGGCAUGUCGUCGACGUUGUUAGCCAUUUUCCACAGAAGAAUCCACCACCAAGAUACAACGACUUAAGCAUAAAAGGAAUCGUUCCCAAUUUGGUUUCGGCGGUAUCCUUAUCAUUUUUCGAGCAGUUAUCAACAUCCACUGUUGCGAUGGUAGAUUUCAUGACCACGGACUGUGGUUUGGAUGCGUGUACGAAGGCACUGAAUACAAGCGUCGCAAGAGACCUGAAGAUGUCCACCCAGAAAUACGAUCUAAUCAUUUCGGAAAUUUUCGGAAGCGAUUGUCCUUUUGGAUAUGCAUAUUUGUUUGAUGUGCCUGUUGUUACGUUAACUACCAGCGUCAAUUUGCCAUGGGGAAAUGACAGAUUUGGAAACCCUGACAAUCCUUCGUACAUUCCCAAUUACUUUUUACCCUAUUUGAGUGAAAUGACCUUGUGGGAAAGGAUUUGGAAUACAGUCGUUGUGAUGACCGCCAAAUUCAGGUAUAAGCAGAAAUCACUAAGCCGAUCAAAUGAAGCAGUGAAGAAUUUCUUUGGAUCAAGUACUCCUGAAUUAGAAGAUUUGAUAAUGAAAUAUUCUGCGUUACAUCUUGUAAAUAGUCAUUACAGUAUCAAUGUGGCAAGGCCCUGGGUACCAAACGUCAUAGAAGUCGGUGGACUCCACAUACAGGAUCCCAAACCUCUUCCAGAGUAUUUUGAAAAGUUAAUGGAUACCGGGAAAGAGUACAAGGGUGUGGUCUUCUUAAGUUUGGGAUCAAUGGCAGCUUUGGAAACGUUGCCCUUGGAAACCUUAAGGACUUUCUGCAACGCAUUUGGACAACUGCCAUACAAAUUUUUACUUGUGGGACCCAGAGACAAAAUGCCUAAAUCUUUGGACAUUCCCAAGAAUGUUAUCUUUGAGCAGUGGAUGCCUCAAAGAGACAUUCUCUGCCAUCCUAACCUGAAGCUGUUCGUUACCCACGGAGGUCUCAUGGGUUCUCAGGAAGGAGUCUAUUGUGGAGUUCCCAUGUUGGCGUUUCCUAUUUUCGUUGAUCAACAUUUAAAUAUCAGAAAUUUCGUUGCAAAAGGUUUAGCCUUAAAACUUUCUUUAAAUCAUUUAACGACAGAUUCCUUGCUGAAUGCCACCAGAAAUCUCCUCGAGGAUCCUCAAUACAAAGAAAAUGCGCAAAUGGUAUCGCAUCAGUUUAGAGACCGGCCGUUAUCAGCUGCAGAUACAGCAGUCUACUGGGUGGAAUACGUCAUUAGACAUAAGGGUGCAAGACAAUUGAGAAGUGUAGGAGCGACUUUACCAUGGUAUCAGUAUCAUCUUUUAGAUGUAGCAGCAGUUAUGUUGUCUGUUGCAUUUGUAACUUUGUACUCGGCUUAUGUUAUAAUUAGAAGGCUUGUGAUGCCUAGGGCAAUGCAGAAAUUGAAAGUCAAUUAGUAAAAUUAGGGUCAUGUCCUUGUUACGGAUGACAAUUGUUAUGUUGUUGAUGAAACGCACUUAAAAUGUGAUUGAUACUUCUGUUGAAUUUUUAUUCAUAUACGUAGGCUCUGAGGGGAAAAUUUUCAUCUGUUUUAGACUUUUGUUGUGUUUCAACAUUAUUCUAGUAUUCUAGCUUAAUUGUCUUCCAGUUUUACUAUUUUUAGCCUCACUUAUCGGAAAGAUCUCUUUGCUCAUUAAUGAUAUUCAGAAAAACCACGCAAAUGAUCGAGACCGGAUUCGAACCGGCGUCAGUUAGAAUGCCAAGUCGAUUAUGCUGCCACUACGCCAUUUACAAAAUAUGAAUUCAUUUGUCGCAGUUGACUUUAAAUAAAAAAUUCGAUUGUAUACAUACAUCAGAAGGUCAAAAUCGUAUGAAAUUCAUACAAGCGGAUUAAAACAGAUGACUAUGAGAACAAACUUACAUGAACUUCAGCUUGGAGAGAAGUAGUAGUAGAUUCGAAAUUAAGGUCGAAAAUAGUCUAAUUUCGGAGUAAAAUGGAUGAAAUUGUCAAUUUUAGAAUUAAAACAGAUGAAAAUUUUUACUCGGGAAAUAUAUGAUAUUCGUUAGAUUUUUGUUUUAAAGAAUUAUUUAUCUAAUGUAAAAAAAUAUUUAUC